AUGAAAGGUGCGAGCUUCAUUGCUUACCUAUUAUGUAUUUUGCUGGGCUCUGCACAGGCAUAUGUGCCAGUGAAGAAGCCUAAGCAUACUACGACCACUACAGAGGUUCCUAAGCCUUGGUUACGUACCAUUUCUUCCACUAUUAAGGAAAUCGUCACGCCGACUGUGAUUGCAGGCGUGACCUUUUCAGCUAAACCGCUUGAGACUCCUGAUCCUCUUCAACCUUGGAUCUCUUUGAAAAAGGAUGGUACUCCUCAGACAAUCAAGCCUGAAAUAAAAAAAGGCCGCACAGUGAAAGCUUCCCCAGAUUACAGCACUUAUUUUAAGACUGCGUAUACUACAACAUAUAGUUAUGAGGAUCUCCAAGCACACAACAUGGAUGCGGAUGAGCAUUUGGAAGAAGAGGUUUUUGUUGAUGAAGACAGCACAUACAUCUCUCUAAACCCAGUUAUUCGUUGUACCCCAGACACUUACUUCAAAAAGGGCAUUGCAAGAGACAUCUCAAGUGAGCCUUUUUGUACGCCUAGAGAAAAUAGUGUUUUGAAAGUUGAUCAUACAUAUUUCGUCACUUGGUACACCAGAUUCUUCCGUGAUGAAGUCACUGAAGAAACAAUUGAUCAAGUCCGUUUACACUUAUUCGCAGUGAAAGAGAAAGCACAUGACAAAGGGUUCAAGAGAAAUUUGAAUGCCGCCUUUUUUUCCUCUGAAUGGUUGAAAAAUGUGGAUGGUCUUUACCCAUUAGAGGUAUCUGAAGAUUGGCUAGAUGGUAAAUAUGAACGGAAGGCCCUUCUCGCCAUCCAGCCAAGAAGUAUUCCUGAUGAUGAGUUUAAUCCUCUUGAAUAUGGACUUCUUGUCGAAGUGUCUCUUGGCUCCAGAGUUUUCAAGAAUACAAAGGAACAACUUGCUCUGCAAGAUGAGGGUAUCACCGAUGAGUCUUGGUACUACGUCGCUAUGACGAUGCCUACUAUUGUUUUGUUUGCUUGCGUGGCAAUGUAUUUUUUCUUGUACUUGAGUAAGGACACAAGGGACGUUUCGGAUGUCAAGCGAUAUGCAUUAGGCCAAAAACGCCGCGUUCUUGGCAAACUGAAAGACAUGAAAAAGUUCAAAGGGAUGAAAAAUCAUGCUUACAACGAAUUGCCCACUUAUCGUAAGAACAGUAAACAGAGUUGA